CGACAUGCUCCUAUAGCACCUACCAAAUCAGGCAGGGCUUACAAUACCGCAGGAAUGUUUAAGACCACAUUUGAAUUAUUUAUUUUUAAAUAUUUCUGAUGACUGGUUAGUUCAGACAUUUUUAAAUUAUUGCUCAUAGUUGCAUUGAAAGAUAUACUGAAGAUUAUUUUUAAAACCCAUAAAACGGUACCAUAAGCUCUAUGUACCCUGCAAACAUGAUGUCGCUUUAACAAUCAGCUGUGUAGGCAUUUGAUCAGUUGCGUUGCGUAAAUGGUUCUCCAGUGUCUAUCAUACAAAGAUAAGUCUUAAGCAUUAAUAAAGGUCAACUUUCAACCAUUCUAGGAUAAUCUAACACAAAAAAGUGUUGCGCAAAAAACUCAAUGAAUGAAUCUGUUACAAAGCGAGAAAAAUAAUUAAUCAGGAAGUACCGAGCAUGAAAAGUGAAUUUACAGCCAUUUCACGUUUAUAUAUAACACCGUUUAUAAUCCACAAGUUGUGAAGUGCUUUUCUGCCAUUCCAUCGGCUCGUGCAGCCUUUCGCCAUCUGAAAUUGCGCUAUUGGAAAAUCGAAAACAAGUCGGGGAAGACGUGUGUGAGUGAAAUUGCUCUUUUUCCACAUUGGCCAAGUACUGCCAGGUUCUCCUUAUAGUGCUGCUAUAGCUGCUGCUAGGCAAAUCGAGUGCCGCGAGUUCACAUAACAUCUCGAAGCGAAUCUUCGAACUUUCCACCAGGCACCACACCUCGGCAGACGCUGUACGUACACCGUCGUUUGGGGGGAGGCCGCAAGAUCAUCGGAGUCGGAGUAGGGACCCAUUUCAGGCAUCCAGAAUCAUGCCAUUUAUUUCCAAGGAUUGGCGAUCGCCUGGUGAGGCUUGGGUCAAGACCGACGAAGGUUGGGAAAAACUCAAGGUGUUGGAGUGCGUCAAACGGAAAAGAUGCAUAUCAGAAUGCAGCAGUUCCAGUGAUACAGAAAACGAUAACGAAAAUUGUGAUGUAGAAAUCCCUCCUCACUGUCACAUCACGCUGAAGUGCACCCGUGAAAUAGCCGGCUUCAAUGGCCUCGGUGAAGCGGUUCGUAGAUUGGACUUCCGAAGCUCCGUCCGUGAUGGUCGACGGUUCAACUACGUGUGUGCCCUGCUCCGGUUGCUGGUCUCUGGAAAGGGCAUAUCCAGCCUCCCAGGGGGAGCACAAAGGCUCCUGUUGCAGAUGUUGGAGGAAGUAGCAACCUACGUUAGUGACUCCCAGCAAAACAUCAACGUACUGCGGGGUCUGGUACAGCAACUUCGCUCGCUAGUAAAUCAGGAGAACCAAAAAUGCUGGGGAAAACCACUCGGCAGCCAAAGUCUAUGGGAGGGACAUGUCCAAACAAUCCAACGGAUUCAAAACAUUGCUAGUCAAAUAGAGAUAAGAGAGCCAGGACCGAAUAUCCGACCAAAACUAAACGACCUGCCAGAGGAAUGUGUUCGUGAAAUUAUACUUAGAAUAACCGAUUACAAGGAUCUGGAGUCUUCCGCCCGAGCCUGGUCGCUGAUGGCGGCACUGAUCUCGGAGCAAAGAGUGUGGCGAGAACUGUCACACUAUCAUUUCAACAAGCAGCAGAUAGACGUCAUCCUAGAUAAAAUGUGUCUUCACGAUACGAAGGAACGGCACCGGAAUUGGCAGGCUAUUUACCACGCGCUACGGAAAACCUACGGUGUGCCUGAGGAGCUCCAGUACGCCGAAAUAUUGGCGUUUUGCAGACUGUGCCGCUGUUUAUUUUGGCCAUCGGCCGGCCACCCUUGCAUCGUGGACCAGUGUCCGGAUAUACGGGAUCGUAUCCGGGAGGCAGGUAAUGGAGAAAUUACCGAAACCCAACCGGUACCACCGGCGCAAUUCCUCAAAUAUUUUUCUUUGUAAGAUGUAUAAAAAACAACAACUUGUUUCAUAAUACAACAUAAACGAUACUGUAUAAAUUAACCGAACACAUACACAAGAUCGAAUUGACCCAGACAGACCGAAGUGGUUUUAAUUUAAGGUCAGUUGGACUAACCCGUGUGUUGUCAAUCGGAAUUGAAACUUCUCAUUACAAAUGAUAUUUUUUUCUCUUAUUUUGUAUUAUGUUCAAAGAAAGUGUUGUGAUCAAGGGGUUGUGUGUAGAUCACGUGGCGUAAUCAAAACUGAUCAAUCAAUAUUAAAUCCCUAAGAAGACUGGCUAAUACUUUUAUUGGUGUGAUUCAUUUUUCGAGGUCACCCUUUUUACUGAUCAAACAAUUUUAUUAUAUUUGUGCAAUUUAUGACCAACAAUGAAAUCUAAGUUCGUCGUACUAGUUACUCAUCGAUUCGUGUGUGAGAAUCGAAGACCAUUGACUUCGAUUUCCUUCGAAUGAUUUGAUUGUCUCAUUUUUUUGAAUGUUGUACUUUAACAUCUUUGCUAACUGAGUAAGACUUACCCAAAGGUGGUUUGAAAACCGAUGUGUUCAAAAAUAGAAAUUUGUCAGCCAAAAUUGUCAGUUGGUCUAUCAUCGUUUGAAUUUUUAACUCAUUUGGCCUUUAACAAAUAUUAGAAGUUUGCCAAAAGCUCUUGUGCAUUAUCCCAAUAUCUUGAAAUUCUUCCAACCAAAAGCAAAACCUACCCAUUUCAUUUUAUACUUAAUCACGCGGAAUUCUUCUUCAAAUAAGUGUCUUAUUUCCAUUGGGUUCCUUUUGAUAGAUAUAACUUUUAACAAACUACAAACCCGCUACAAAACCUUAACUGUAGAAAACAAGUUAUACUUCCCAGCUUUUCCCAUGUCGACACGAGCUCUACACCGGCCACCACGAGUGCAACUGUACCUUUUGGAGUACGGGCUUGCUAAUUGUUCGUUUCAAACUCCACAAAGAUUUCAGUGUCAGGAUGUCGGGGUAUUCCUAGUUUUUAUCGUACUUGAUAAAAUUUAACAUACGUUGUACUAUCUUAACAUCGUCAUCAUUACAACAAUCCAGAUCCAAAAUUCCACUUUUUCCAAGAGCAUUUUAAACUGUUAUAAUAAAUUGUAAUUUACCCGAAAAAUGUCCUAAUUUUUUGCCAAUGAUUUUUUUGUAAUGUCUACGUAAUUAAUUACCUUUAAAAAAAGUUGUGAUAUUGUACGAAUUUGCAUAUACUAAACUUUUCUUAGCGACGAAUAUAACAGUGGGAUUUAAAUUCACGUUCAGAGAAAAUGAGACUUGAGACUAGAAGAGAGAAAAGGAUAAUGGCCGAGAAAAAAUGAUAACACGCAGUCCGCUAAUUUCAAUAUCUUUCAUCCUAUAAAAAUAGUUAAAAAUCAAACAUAACAAAAUAAGCGAGAUAUGUGAUACAACAAAGAGAAAUCUCUCUAAAAAGAAUACUUCACAGAGCACGUACUAAUCGGCUACGUAUAUUUUAAUUGAUCCAUGGUUCUGGAAUAGGUUUUACUAAAUUUAUAUUCAGAAUAAUUGCUAAUAACGGAAAACAAAAAGCUAACAUUUUUACUGUGGAUUUUUUUCUUGGACUUUUCUGUAUCUAUGUAUUGUAGAAUUGGUAGAAUGAAUCUAACUGUUUACGGAAAAUGCGUUUACACAGAACGAAACUAUAUUUAUACGAACGAUUUGUCUGUGUGGUUAGUUAGAGCGUCACAUUUAAAACUUACAUGAAACUGUAUAAUAAGUUCCUUUUAACCGAGUUAGUAGUAGAAGAAAUCAAAGAUAAAGUUAUGAGCAAACGUGAAUUCGAUGUUCUUGUAUCAUUGUGAUGUAAUAGCAAAACAAAUCAAUUACAAUGAUUUCAAAUUUCUGGAUUGAUCGGUCUGUGUUUAGCUUUGUAAGAGCAUAAGUAACACAACUAGUUUCCAAUCGUCUGAAGGGAGAAUGUAAAACAUAUAUCAGAUCAAUAGCAGACUUAUUGAUGAAAACCCCCUAUAGAUCCCAAUUGUUAGUAAUGAUUGUAUCCAGGAACAAAGUUAUGAAAGUUUAACCGCAGAUGCUACCAAAACCAGCUUGGAAAGUUUAUCUCUCAAAGCGAACAGACUUCAAAAUACAGAGAUUAAUAAUAUUAAAACGAUGUGCUACGUAUUUCAUAUAUCAGACACUUGAAAGAAUAGAUAUAUUUUAAAUACAAUACUUAUCAAUUGAAAGAA